AUGAUCUUUGGGAUGAGCCCAGGCGCCACGGUUGGUAAGUCGCUGCUUAAUUUUCCCUGCGUGUCAACUAGCAACAAUGAUGACGAGGAAUAUAUGGAACACCGUUGUUGCUCGUGGUACCGUGCCAAGCCGGCAGUCGAAGAGGCGAAAAAGUCAAUGGUUGACCGCCAAGAGGUCACUACACCGGACGGGCGGGAUGGUUACGUCGGGGACGGAUGGUACAAAAGUGUCAAGAGGUCAAAGGGAUCCAACAGGAGGAAGGACGAAACAAUAACCACACUAAAAGAAGAUGGGAAGACGUCCCUUCAAAAAGCAACCUCUCAGACCCUCUUGCAGGAGAAACCGAUGGGAAUCUUGGUAGGAAAAAAGGGGGCCCUUCCUCCGGGUUUCCAGGGAACACUCGGGAUGUGUGGCUACCGUACAUUCUCCAUGUCACUCGGUACUUUGAUAUGGAAACUGAGUAAAGAGGCAUUCGCCGUCGUCACCAAUGAUUGGAGGGGGAAAGGCGGGAAGGCGGCUUGGUCUGAUGGUCUUGCCAUCCAUGAUCCCCGGUUCAUCCCAGCUUCCACCUCAAGAGCAGGGCCAGCUGAGGAAGAGAGCCAUAGAAACCGCACAACGUUAGUCGGCGCUUGUCACUGCGGUUGUCGCACCGCUCUUGGUGUUGCUGGGGAUUGUGUCAUCCUUGCUUUGAUGUGCAGUCGUCGUAAGCUCGAGUGGAGACCGUCAUCUGAAUGGGGGUUCUAUGGGCUUGCGAAACACUCUGUACGGAUAUCGGCUUCAGACCUGGAGACUCGUGGUGUCACGGUAGCUCCGGGGCUUGCAGACGUGUGUCUGCAUCCGUCCAGGAGGCUGGAUAGCAUGUUGGUUACGCAGCCCAUUACAUUUCUGGGCGCUCCGCCGUCUCUACUAGGCGCCCCAGUUCUGAGUCUUGCUGUCUUGCAACCCCAUGGUCCAUUGUCCAUACCUAUCGAAGAAGUCUCGGCCGUUGAUGUUUUCUCUGUUUCGGGGGGUCUCAUGACGGCUCUGGAGACCGAGACCGGAGUCGGGUUGAUGCAGGCAGAGGGUGGAAUUUUGCACCACCCUGCCAGCGGUCGAGCCGUGUCAAUCAUCAGCUCAGAGGAGAGUCAGCGACAGCGGCGAACCCAACUCAUCUGGCAAUGCAUCACGCGAGUGAUGGUAAUCCAUAUUCCCAAGCCUUGGAGAUUCAAGGUUUUCGCGCUCGCGGCCUUCGUGUUCCCCCAAGAAAACGUCUUGACCGACUUGGCUCCGCUGCCGAGACCUUGCAGUUCAGUCUCUCUCAGAGUUCCCCCUCCCGUCAGAUUCACCCAUCUUCAAGUCGUUGCGGCGCCGAGGACGGCAUCUUCGGCCAUCUCAAUGCUACCAUGUCACUUCAAGCUUACCGCUUGUGUGUUGCGUGGCUUGGAGCUAUGUGCCGGCCGCCGGGCCAUGGGGCGAACCCGAGCGAUGCUGCAAAAACACACACAUAACAACGAGAGACCAUGGGCCAUGAAAACAAUUGCCCAGUCAAUGCUGCCAAAAUUCCCGACGGGGAGAAGGGGAGAGACAAGGGGAGUGGAAUUCCCUUACCCCUGUUCCCCAAGAAUCUUAGCACACGUCAUUCUGGAUGUCUCCGAGAAAUUCCCAAUCCUCGUCCCGCCCCUCAGAGACAUGGGCGGAUUCGCGGAAACACACAAGGAGGAGGCCGCGGUGGCUCCGCGAAGCCCGCCCACAUCGUUCACAAACUUUGAAACAAACGUUGAUCUAGAGAAAUUGAAAAGAGGUCGAGAACAAAACGGCUUCCACGUAAUCCUCGAGAAAGGUCAGAAGCCCCUCUGUUCUCGCUUGGCCUCCCUCCGAGGUGAGCUAAUUCGGACGCGCCGCGUUGCACCGCCGGGGGACUUCCCAUGUUCUCUCCCUUCUUCUUCCUCCGCCGCCCGCUCGGUCAUGCGCCGUGCCGUGGUCCGCCCACUUCCCGCGGCUCUAAAUUUGAAAAAUGGGCGGCCGUCCUCGCCGCCGUGGUGGUUGAUUGCGAUUCGCGAGUCCCACUUGCCUGGCAGAUGGGGAUGA